GCCGCCACCAAGGCUAUGAUGAGGGUUAAUGGGGAUGACGACGGCGUGGCCGCCCUAAGUCUCCUCUAUGACUAUUACAUGGUCCCAAAGGAGAAGAGGAUCCUUCCAUCUGGAACAACAGGCCGCAGCGAACUCGGGAAAAGGCACUGCCAUGGGAUGGAGUAUGACCCAGAGAUUUCCUCCUUUGAAAGUUCAGCUCAUCUCAUGAGGCUCCUGGCUGAAAAUGUUUCCAUGAAUCAGGAAUAUUCAGAGCUUCCCAAGAAGAAUGGCUUAGGUUUGGAAGGCAUCCCCUCUUCUCACAAGCCACCGGCCUUGCCUCCUGGGCCCAGCAAGCUGGAGGCCAAUCCUGAGAACUAUAUGAUGACGUCAGGAGAUAUGUAUGACAACAACUCGCUCAGUUCCCUCUUCGAUGCGAUCCACGUGGCUCCACCACAGCAGAGAUGGCAGCCGGACAGCACCUUCAAAGAGGACCCUCAGGAGGCACUGAUUUUCACGGAUAUCUUGAAGUCCCAGACAGAAGCGCCAUGUUCGGAGGGCUAUUCUGUCAAAGAUGCCAAGAGUGACUUUGAAUACACAUUGGGAUCCCCUAAAGCCAUUCACAUCAAAUCCGGAGAUUCCCCCAUGGCCUACCUCAACAAGGGCCAGUUCUACCCAGUCACCCUGAAGACAGGUGGAGAUGCCAAGUGUUUACAUUUGACUUCAAACAAAGUGAAGAGUGUCGUGAUGGUGGUUUUUGACAAUGAAAAGAUUCCGAUGGAGCAGCUCAAGUUCUGGAAGCACUGGCACUCCCGCCAGCCCACAGCCAAGCAGAGAGUCAUUGAUGUCGCGGACUGUAAAGAGAAUUUCAACACCGUGCAGCACAUCGAAGAGGUGGCUUACAACGCUUUGUCUUUUGUCUGGAACAUUGCUGAAGAAGCAAAGGUGUUUAUCGGAGUGAACUGCCUGAGCACGGAUUUCUCCUCCCAGAAAGGUGUGAAGGGCGUCCCUUUGAAUCUGCAAAUAGAUACUUACGACUACAGCACCGGGACAAACCGGCUUGUCCACCGAGCUGUCUGUCAGAUCAAAAUAUUCUGCGAUAAGGGGGCAGAGAGGAAGAUGCGAGAUGAUGAGCGCAAGCAGUUCAGACGGAAGGGGAAAUGCCUGGAUGCCAAUAAUAACGGUCUGAAAAGCUGUUUGGUUUCGGGCUUCCGAGGCAAUGAAAUCACAUACCUCAAACCACAGGCUGACUUGGAAACCCAGCCCGUCCUGUUUAUUCCCAAUGUUCAUUUCUCAAACCUGCAGAGAUGUGGAACAGUAAUGGUACCUGCCAUGGAAUCUUCUGAUCUCUCCUUUUCCUCACCUAGGCUGCCUUUAAAGCGGAGCUGCCCUUCAUUCCCAGAUGAAUUUGAUUCUUUAGUAUCAAAACAAGCGAAAAGAGAAGACCCUCAAAGAGUCUUGCUCUAUGUGCGAAGAGAAUCAGAGGAGGUUUUCGAUGCGCUCAUGCUGAAGACGCCGGACCUCAAAGGCCUGAGGAAUGCGAUUUCAGAAAAAUACGGUUUGCCCGAAGAAAGCAUCUAUAAAGUCUACAAAAAGUGCAAACGAGGAAUUCUGGUGAACAUGGACAACAACAUAAUUCAGCAUUACAGCAACCACAUGGCCUUCUUGCUCGAAGUGGUGGAAGCUGAGGAGAAAUUCCAGGUGACCCUUAAGGAACUCUGA